ACCUAUGAAGAGUGGAAGGACAUGCUGCCUGAUUUGAGUGAAUACAACUGGGUCAUUCCUGAUUUUGUUUGGGAACUGAGUGAGCAAAUUGAUCUUGAUAAACUGGCCAAAGCGCUACCAGAGAUGGAAGAAAUCGCUAAACUUCUGCCUGACUUUGAGAAGAUUGGAGAGAACUUCACUUUCCUUAAAAGUCUUCUUUCCUCUGGUGUGAGUUUGGGUAGUGAAGUCAAAGGAGCCUCUGGUCUGCAUCUGUUGUUAGAAACUUCGGGUGAUCCUGCUCUAAAAGCUACCGAUUCCACAACUGGAGUUGCUCAUGAUACCAGUGACAAGCAAUACAAAAAGCAGGGUCUGCUCGGCGAGCUCAUUCUCAUUCAGCAGCAGAUCCAGCGGCAUGAGGAGGAGGUCCGACGGGCCGCUGCAGCCAAUAGUGCGCAUUCGCCACCCCAAGAUCCUGCUCCGAACCCCAACCCCUCAACACAUACACGCAAGUCAUCAGACAAAGAAAAAGUCGACCAGCUUCAAGAGGAGCUUCUUCGAACUCAGUUAAAGUAUCAGCGCAUGCUGGAAAGACUGGAAAAAGAAAAUAAAGAGUUAAGGAAAGUGGUGCUGCAAAGAGACGAUAAGGGGAUUCAUCAAAGGAAGGCGAAGAAAUCCCUUAUUGACCUGUAUUCUGAAGUCCUCGACAUCUUGUCUGACUAUGAUGCCAACUACAACACCCAGGACCACUUACCCAGGGUGGUUGUGGUUGGAGAUCAGAGUGCUGGGAAGACCAGCGUGCUUGAGAUGAUUGCUCAGGCCAGGAUCUUCCCCAGGGGCUCAGGAGAGAUGAUGACACGCUCACCUGUAAAGGUAACGUUAAGCGAAGGGCCCCAUCAUGUGGCCAUGUUCAAAGACAGCGGCCGAGAGUUCGACCUCACUAAGGAGGAGGAUCUGGCUGCUCUGAGGCAUGAGAUUGAACUGAGGAUGAGGAAGAGUGUGAAGGAGGGACAGACGGUCAGCUCUGAGACGAUCUCUCUGAGUGUGAAAGGACCGGGCAUUCAGAGAAUGGUUCUUGUUGACUUACCUGGUGUCAUCAGUACGGUGACUACAGGCAUGGCGUCAGACACUAAGGAAACCAUCUUCAGCAUCAGCAAGGCCUACAUGCAAAACCCAAAUGCAAUCAUUCUUUGUAUUCAAGAUGGCAGCGUGGAUGCUGAGCGCAGCAUCGUAACAGACCUGGUCAGCCAGAUGGACCCUCAGGGGAAAAGGACCAUCUUUGUUCUAACUAAAGUGGACUUGGCUGAAAAGAACCUGGCCAGUCCAAGCAGAAUUCAGCAAAUUGUUGAAGGAAAGCUCUUUCCCAUGAAAGCUCUUGGUUAUUUUGCUGUAGUAACAGGAAAAGGAAGCCCCGGUGAAAGCAUAGACGCAAUUAAAGACUACGAAGAGGACUUUUUCCAGAACUCCAGAUUGCUGAGGGAUGGUAUGCUGAAAGCUCAUCAGGUCACCACAAAGAACUUGAGUCUGGCCGUCUCUGACUGCUUCUGGAAGAUGGUCAGGGAGUCUGUAGAGCAGCAAGCUGAUGUUUUUAAAGCUUCACGGUUCAAUCUGGAAACUGAAUGGAAGAACAAUUAUCCUCGUCUGAGAGAGCUGGACAGGAAUGAACUAUUUGAAAAAGCAAAAAAUGAAAUUUUGGAUGAAGUCAUUAGUUUAAGUCAAGUGACCCCUCAACUCUGGGAGUCUAUUCUACAGAAAAAGCUUUGGGAACGUGUUUCCACACAUGUCAUCGAGAACAUCUACCUGCCUGCUGCCCAAACAAUAGACUCUGGGACUUUUAACACAACGGUAGACAUUAAGCUCAAGCAGUGGACUGACAAGCAGCUUCCACACAAAGCACUGGAGGUUGCCUGGGAGACAUUGCAGGAGGAGUUUGCCCGCUUUAUGGCUGAAUACAAAGGCAAAGACCAGGAUGACAUUUUUGACAAGCUGAAGGAGGCUGUGAAGGACGAGAGCAUCAAGAGGCACAAGUGGAAUGAGAGAGCCAUGGACAGCCUGAGGGUGAUCCAACACAACGCCUUAGAAGACCGCUCCAUCACAGACAAACCACAGUGGGAUGCCGCGAUCCAGUUCAUGGAGGAAACGCUGCAGUCACGCCUUAAAGACACUGAAUCAGUGAUCAGAGACAUGGUGGGCCCUGACUGGAAGCAGAGGUGGCUGAACUGGAUGAACCGGACACCAGAUCAGCACAUUCGGAAUGAAACAAAAAACGAGCUGGAUCGCUUGCUGAAGCUGCAUGAUGACCACACUGCUUACUUGGCCAAUGACGAGGUCACCACAGUGAGGAAGAACCUGGAGGGACGGGGGGUAGAAGUUGAUCCGGUGCUGAUCAAAGACACAUGGCAUCAGCUUUAUCGCAGACACUUCUUGCAAAAAGCACUGACCCACUGCAACCUUUGCAAGAGAGGUUUCUAUUACUACCAGCGACACUUUGUAGACUCUGAGCUGGAGUGCAAUGAUGUGGUGUUGUUUUGGAGGAUCCAGAGGAUGCUGGUCAUCACGGCUAACACGCUCCGACAGCAGCUCACUAACACUGAGGUGCGGCGGUUGGAGAAAAAUGUCAAAGAGGUCUUGGAUGACUUUGGGGAAGACAUGGAGAAGAAGACUCAACUCAUCACUGGCCGCAGAGUCCAGCUGGCCGAGGAUCUCAAGAAAGUCCGUGAGAUCCAGGAGAAACUUGAAGCUUUCAUAGAAGCUCUUCACAAGGAAAAGUAACAGAUCCAGAUUAUUGCACUGAACAAAGACAACUCAUCUGUAACUGACCACCAUCGCCCCCUCUCUGGCUCGAUCUCAACACCCUCCUGCUUUUCCCAUCAGUGAUUCGUGGAAAGUGAUGAGCGAUGGACAUGAACAGAAGAAAACAAUGGAGGAACCUUUCCCUGUCAUUUACCUUAAUUUCUAUUCCCUGUGGCUCUUUGACACCAGAGAACAACAACAAUCCAAACACACAGAGAUUGAAGGAGAAAUCCAAAGCGAAGCAUCACUUGUUCCCCAUAAUUGGAGGAUUGUAUGCAUUUAGUGUCCCCUGUUUGAUUUUUUUGGUUGACCUGUCUCAGCUGGUGCUCCAUUUACCUUCUGAAAUAUUGAAUAGUUGCACUUAGGAUCUUCAGCACUUGAUUAAAACUUAAACCCGGCUGAAUGUUCAGCUCUCCACCCACCACGCCCUAACAGAUGAGUGUCAGCUCUGAUGGAGUUGGAUUGAAUUUCAUUCAGUUUAUUCCCUCUCAUAACUGACUUUAUUAAACUAAUCGGUCUCACGCAACCUAAAGUACAUAAACUUCUCAAGCUGAUGUUGUCUUAUGUUCUUUCAUUUCAUACAUGUCCCAAAUGUAUCUGUCAUUUGAUAUAACAGGUUUUGGAACGCUAAAUUGAAUAAACAAAUGAUCAAUUCUGUUUUAAAAAGUAAAAUAUUUGUCAUUAAGGUUUUAAAAACAUCCAAUCAGCCCCUCUGCAGGUAAAUCUGAUUUGAUUUUUAGCCAGCCUCAGUGUAGUUAGUUUUCUGCUUUUGGGCCCAGUUAGAAGUGCUGAUCCUGUACACAUGGGUUAGGUUUUCUUCCAGAUGUUCUUUUCAGAUUGCACCAGGUUUCUCACCUUUUGUCAGCAAUGUUCAGUCGGUGUAGAUGUAUGCAGCACAGACGCUGUUGUACUCAAACUUACCUCUGUGUUUCUAUGGUUUCUGAGAUGACAAAAUGAUGGAAACUAACUUCACUUCUUCAAAGUCAAGUAAAGAAGCAACUUUUCACCAUUUUCAUCAUUUCUUUCCUUCCAGUCACUGUUCAGGGCUCACUGUUCCCACUCCCUAACCUUUCUGUCAUCUCUUUUUGCAUCUUCUUCAUUUGGACAGUUAAGAUGCUUCACAUCACCGACAUCUUGCUCCCUUCUUUCUAUAUCUGCGAGGAUCGGUGAGAGUACGUUACCCAUAUUCCUUCAUUUAUUCAUUCAGAUGUUCAUAUGGGUUCGUGUACAUAAAUAAGCAGACUGUGCGUUGGCAGUCAGCGAGCUACAGCACAAGGAUCCAGAGUAAGAAAACUAGGAAGCUGGUCCUAAAACAUGUUUUAUGUUGUAGAAAGUAACGUGUGCAUGGUGUACCCCCUACAGAUGUGCUUUAUUUAUUUAAUUUGUGUUUAAAUGACAAUAAAAUGGACUUCAAUAAAUAAAAUUUUUUUUUA